AUGAAGUUCAGCAUUGAAUCUACUACUUCUUACAACAGUAUACAUCCAGCAUACCAUUAUACGGAGCAAUUUACCAAUACUGCUGAGACAUAUCACGAAGGUACCAAAUGGUAUGGAGUAUUUUUGGCAUUUUUAUCAGGUACAUUUUUUACAAUUAGUUCUGCAUUAGUCAAAGCAGUACAAAAUGUACACCCUAUGGUAUUACUGGCUAUUAGAGCAAUUCUACAAAUGUUAGUUAUGGCUGGUGUAGCAAUUAAAGUUUCCAAAAGUCUUUUUGGACCUAAAGGACAAAGAAUGCUUUUACAUUUGCAGGGAGUAGUAGGUGGUGCAACCCUGUCAUUAUUAUAUUAUAGUUUUCGCAAAUUACCUAUAGGAGAUGCUACAACAAUUAUACUUAGUUCUCCAGUAAUUGUUAUUGCAUUAUCAUUCCUUUUGUUAAAGGAACCUUGUGGAAUAUUACGUGUGAUAGUUAUGUGUACACUUUUUGCAGGUGUUAUUUUUGUAGCUAGACCUCCACUUUUAUUCCAGAUGCAAAGGGUUGAACCAUACAAUAUCAUGGGAUAUGUAUGUGCUAUCUUAGCAACCUUUUUCACAGCUCUUAAUAUAGUUAUUAUGAGAAAGUGUUCAGAAAUACAUUAUUCAGCAAUAAUCUUCAAUUUAUCUUGGUGGUCACUUGUUACAGCAAUAUUUUUCUUUUUUCUUAUAUCAGAUGAUCAUGAACAAAAAUCAAAGUUACCAUUUGACUGGAUCACCUGGAGUAAAAUAUUAUUAGUAGCCCUGACUGGAUUAUCAGGACAAAUUUUAGUGACUAAUGCACUAAAAAUAGAAGGUGCUGGAAAAGUAUCAGUGACUAGAUCUUUGGAUAUUAUUUUGGCUUAUGUUAUACAAAUAUACUUCUUUGGAGAUCAACCUACAUCAACCAGCAUCAUUGGAGCAUUACUAAUUAUAGUCUCUGUUAUAUGUAUGGGAUUUGAGAAAGAAAUUUAUAGUAUUUGUGACUUUAUUCCCUAG